UCACAUCAUAAAAAUAUAAAAGGCAGGACAUCAGUCUGUACUGGAUGAGAAGAACAUCUCAAAAUCUCUUGCAUGCUAUUUUAAUAUUCACUGGUUAGAAAUUCAAAUGUUUUUGAGUAUCUAAAGAAAAACGCCUAAAGAAGAAUGUUAUUCAUAUUUACUCUUUAACAUGACUGAAACUCUUUUUGUAUUUCUUUUGAAACUAUACUUCAACUUUUCCAGUUUUCAUCACCUUGCUGUAACAGACACUGUCUGCAUCUUUUCCUUCACAGGAGCUUUUUUCCUGUGCAUAUAUGAGUACAUCAAGACUUUAAUUGAUUUUGUCUUGUCCCUUGUUGAUAGUGUAUUUUAAUGUGCUUGUGUCUAUUUCUUUAUCAGUGGAUGGAAAAUGGCAAAUUACACUGUGAAUAAUGUAGACAGCUUCAUAAUCACUGGAUUUGAUUACCUGCAGAACCAAAAGCUCCUUGGAUUCCUCAUCUUAAUAACCUACAUGCUCAUAUUGCUUGGGAACGGCAUCAAUCUGUGUAUCAUCUUGACUGACAGACAUUUACACAAACCAAUGUACAUAUUAAUCUGUAAUCUAGCUGUUGUUGACAUAAUGUACUCCUCUACCUGCAGCACAACCAUGAUCUCAGUGCUGCUGGCUGAGAUGAAAACCGUGUCAUACUACUCUUGUAUCUCAAGGAUGUUCUUCUAUCAUCUUGGUGAUUUCACAGUAUGCAUGGCUCUGACAUUAAUGGCAAUCGACCGACUUCUUGCAAUUAGACUUCCUUUAAGGUAUCACAGCAUUGUAACAAAUGCACGAACGUUUCUGCUCAUUUUUCUGACUUGGCUCAUUACUAUCACUCUAAUGGGUGUUUUGACUUCUAUGGCAGACAAUCUCCCAUACUGUCAGCCUGUUAUCAGAUAUGUCUUCUGUGAUUAUCCAUCAAUGAUCAGAGCUGCUUGUGUCAAUCCUGAACCAUAUUUUUUCUUACCUGCAAUGAUUAAUCUCUGGUGGUUCUGUGGACAGUUUCCAUUUAUUAUGUGCACUUAUGCUGUUCUGGCAUAUAGUGUGACUAAACUUUCCAAUAAUGCAAGCAAAAAGCAAAUGAUCAACACUUGUUUGAGUCACCUAAUUGUCUUGUUUAGUUAUUAUGCACCGAAAAUGGUCUCUGGAUUACUAACUCGAAUAGGAGUUGUGCUUACUUUAACAGACAGAAAUGCAAUAUUAAUUUUUUCCUCAUUAAUUCCCCCCCUAAUAAACCCAACUGUUUAUUGCACCAGGACUAAAGAGAUCAGGAAACGAUUAGCAGAUGUAUUUUUGCACAAAAAAGUUGCCCCAAAUCAUUUAAAGGGUUUAUCAUAAUAGAUUAUUAUUUUCAUUCUCAUGUCUGAUUGUGAUUGCUGUUUUACUUUUCAAUAAUGUAUUUUGUGAUGCUCCUGCUCAACUUAGAGAUUAUGCCAAAGCAUAGACUGGUUGAUACAUUGUAGUGUAAUGGACAGUAUUUGAUGAAAUUCAUGAUGUAAUGUACAACAGAACAUCUUUCUAGAGGAGAUUUCUCUAUAGUUGC